GUUGAGGGUGCGAUCCACUAGGCGCUGCAAAUGCAUUGAGGUGUUCAACGAAAAGCCAUGAUUGGUCUACGGUGCUUCAAAGCAUCUGCACCGUCUAAUAAAUCGCAUCCCGAAGUUUCCGAACACAACCUGAUUGGGAUAUAUAUUUAGAUCUAAAAGAAUUGGUCAAUCGAAUGCAGAAGCUCAUUGAGUGCUCGGGGAGUGGUGUAUUUCCUGAAUGCGCCAAAUAAUUACUGAAAAAGAAAUUGUACGAUAAUGUAUAGGUACGCAAACUAAAGGAGAAAGUCUAUGCUUUUGGACAAAAUAUAAUUNUAUAUAUAUAUAUAUACACUAGUAGAAAAUGGCUUGUAUCUUGAGCAGAACUCCUAUUUUGUAUCGAGCUACUUACUUCAAGAGCGUCAUUUGUAAUCCUAUUGCUCAAGUUAUACGUGUGAAGAAUUAUGGACACUUUGAUCCUAUUAAAUCAGACUCCAUAUUAGAGAAGAAAUUAAAACUAAAGGACAAUAUAAGUGACGAUUACAAGCUGAUAUACAGAGAACAUACAACUAUACAUAGACUAAUCAUUCUUUCAUAUAAUGGCGGAUGGUUAUUCCUUUUCCUUUCAAUACUUAAUGCAAUAUACAUAAUUAUCACAGAUCCAACGCUGUCAAAACCAUAUAAACGUCUAUAUCAAGAAGAACCAGAUGAAAAAUAUUUAGAAGAGAACAUAGAUGAAGAAGGACGUCUAAUGAACACAGAUGAAGAAGGAAAUCCAUUGAUAACAAUGCAGCCUCCGUCUAAAUUUAGCAAGAUAAUUUCAGUAUUUGGCGGUAUAGUUACAUCUGCCAUACUCAUAAUAACCACCAAAACAAUGCCACUUAGAAUUUAUCACAGCCCUAAGCAAAAGUUGUUUAAAGGCAUGUUUGUAAGUAAUAUAAUACACGGAAAAAAAUUAGAAAUAUUCAGUGAAGGCUCUGCUGUAGUUAUGUUUCGCAAAUUUAUGCCAGAGGCAUUGUUUAAAAUCAAUGGUCGUAUUGUUUUACUGGAUAAAGAAUGUUUUGCAGUACAAAAGCUACGUGAGAUGAUGAUCCACAAAGCCAAGUAAAACUUCAUGUAUCUUCACAUUUAUUUAAAAUUUAUAUUGUAUCUAAAUUCCAUCAUUGCACACUUAUAGUUCAUCAUUUAUUGUAUAGUUUCACUCAUUAAACAAAUAAAAACAACAAAACCAAGGAAAUCGCGUGUUAUAGAAAUAUGUACAUAUUCUCUCUACACAAAAUACAUCUGCAUAUCUGUCUACAUAAUUAUGACUGUCAUUGCUUCUUUAAAAAAAUGUAUCUACAUUGUAACAGUAAAUUUUCUAUUUCGUCUCUUUCUUUUUUAAUCAAUAAUAAGCAUAUACAUAAUACGGUAAACAAAGUUUCUAAUAUAAUAAUACAUUCUAUUGUUUAAAUAAAUAAACAAAUUAUAUAUUAUUUAUAAAAAGAUCUUGUAAUCAAAUAUAUAUUAUAUAUAUAUUAAAUAAAUAAUACUUAACCACUUGCGCUGGCAAGAAAUUCACAAACGCGUGUGCCAGAACGGUCCAGUGUAACUCGCUGGGAGGCGUCACACAGUGUUCGAUGCCUUAGAGAAAUUGGAGAAAGACUUAUAUCUUCUAAACUAAUUUAGAAUAUAGGUUAUAUAUUGACAACUGUACGCUAUGCAAUGCAAUGAGAAUCAGUGCUCUGGCAAAGAAUCUCAGCCGAUAUGCCACGCACGUCGUUUCUGUGACAAUUGCCUGACGACGUGUAUACCACGUCGUUGGCGAUUUUGCGACAAAAGCAUUACGACGUGCGUAGCACGCUUUCCAGCGCAAGUGGUUAAUACUCUUAUUAAGUAUGUAAUUAGAAAAAAAAUUUUAAUAUAUAAACAUAAAAUUUAUGAA